AUACUAAAAACAACAUUUAACAUUUUUAUUUUGCACGUUUUUCAUUUAAAUAUUUGAAUUAUAGUAUUAACACUAUUAACUAUUUAAAUCAUCUCUAUUUAAAAUUAUUUUCUAUGUUUACAGAAUAUUAAACAAUAUUUAAGUGUUUUAAAAAAAUUAUUCCAAUUUAACUAUUAAUUGUGACAGCAGUAAGAUGCCUAAUAAUGAAGAGAAAACCAAUAUGACACAAGAAGAAGUUUUACAUAAGUUCGUUAAUCGAAUAUUUAGCAAUGAUCAAUUUCGAGAAAAAAUCAUGAUGCCAAACGUAAUGGGACGACCAGUAGUAAAAUCAGUAGAAGAAAAAACUUUAGAUGCAAUUACCGAAAGUUGUGCGUUUAAGUGCAUUCUAAGUGGUGUAAUGGGUUUUGCUCUUGGUGGAGCAAUUGGUCUUUUUACUUCUAGUGUAAAUCCACAAAUAAAACCUCCUGGUCAACAAGAAACAGUCAAGGAAAUUAUACGUGAAAUGAAAACUUCUUCACUCGGUUAUGCAAAAAACUUUGCUUUACUUGGAGCCGUAUUCUCAGGCAUUGAAUGUCUUGUAGAAACAUAUAGAGGCCAAUCUGACUGGAAGAACGGUACAUAUGCAGGUGGAAUAACUGGAGGAUUGAUAGGAUUUAGAGCUGGAGCCAAAGCAGGUUUACUUGGUGCAUUGGGUUUUGCUACAUUUUCCACUGCGAUUGAUUAUUACAUGCGUAAUUCUUCAUAAAUAUUGUUAAAUAAUAAUUUUAUUUGUAAUUAAUUUUACUGUUGUAAAUAAAAUGUAAGUAGACUGUUUAAUUGUAGUAAAAAUAUAAUACUAUGACUUAAA